ACCUGAAUCGGUACACCUUCGCAUAUGGCGUCAGCGGCAGGAUACUGGUUCGAAUCUCCUUGGGUGCAAACUUUUUCUCCUGACUUCGAUAUUUUCGCAUGGACACAAUGUGUGUCAGUCCUGAGAACACCUCUUGGAGUCGAUCCUACAACGAACCUUGUGACACUUCCUUCCAUCGAAUUACCCAUUCUGGCCACAUGAGGUUCCCAGUUGAGGGUAAAUUCUGUGGGUGGUCAGUGGGCACGGUUACGGAGGGGUUAAAGUGACGUGUAACCCCUAGGCGUUGUGCAACCUGCGUAACCCGGUCGGGCGCACCGUUGUCAACCUCCAAGGUCAGGCAGGGUUCGGAAACUCCGGCCCAAACCCAGUUAAGGGACAUUUGUAUCUGUGCUUGGUUGCAGGCGAGGUUGUCCAAGCCCGAUAAUGUCCAUGCCUUGCCGCGAAAACUAUGUACUAGCCGGUGUCCACAGAGUACACGACACACCGAUUUUUUGGACAUUCGCGGCAGUAUAAAAAAAAAGCUUCAAGAGUGCCGGCAUUUGUCAGCCCGAUUUUAUUGUUGACUACCGUUAGACGCGCAGAAAUAA